AUGUCAUUGUUGACAGAAUCGUCCGAGCCCUCGGGCGUGGCCCCCAGGGCUAGCGCGUCCUCUUCGCCCCCAGCUUCCACCCCGUCCCCUGCGACUUCCAAUGCUACGACGGCCCCUUCGACGAGCGCUACCCGUCGACCGCCGCGCAAGAGCACCUUGACCCAGCAGCAGAGGAACAAUAAGCGCCAACGGGCAACCCAAGAUCAACUGGUCACCCUCGAGGUCGAAUUCAACAAGAACCCUACGCCGACCGCUGCGACCCGGGAGCGCAUCGCCGCAGACAUCAACAUGACCGAGCGCUCGGUACAAAUCUGGUUCCAGAAUCGUCGCGCAAAAAUCAAGAUGCUCGCUAAGAAGAGCAUUGAAACUGGCGAGGGUUGCGACUCUAUUCCCGAGUCAAUGCGCCACUACCUUGCGAUGCAAUUCGACCCUAGCAAACCGGGAACCCGUGAUCCCUUUGGACGCGCUGCAGGCUACGGAGCCCCUGGCAUGUAUCCGAACGAGGCCAACCCAUCAGGGAAAGUCGUCAUUUCUCAUUUUACCUGCCGCUCCCUCACGAUCGGUACCUGGCGGCGCAUUGGCCAAAAUGCCAUGGACCUGGUCAUCUUCUACUCGCCCGACAAGGCCUGCAUGACCUACUAUAUCAACAACGAUUCCGCUGGUUACAAAAUCGAGUACCCUUUCUCUUACAUCAAGAACAUCACUCUGGAAACCGGAGACCCGAAUCCCGGGCCGGAUGGCGCUCCUCCUCGACCUGGGGGUUUGGUGGUGGAACUUAACCGUCCGCCACUCUUCUACAUGGAUUCCUCCAACUCCGGAGGCUUCUACCAGUGCGGUGAUUUCACCGAGGAGCAACAAGCAAGCCAGAUCAUGAUGCACCACUUGGGAGGCCAUCCCAAGGUCUUGAGUGUCCAACUGGCCAAGCUGGUGUCUCUGGAGUCUUUCCAGAAUCGUCUGGCUUACAACAACAACAAUAACUUUGCUGUCCCCGCUGUCCCCGCCGCCCCCGCUGCCAUGUCGCCUCCCUUCAUCCAACGCCCUGCCUCUCAGCCCAACCACUUCGCCUCUGCUGCCUACUUGAAUCUCUACCAGGACCACAACCACCUGGGCUUCAACAUGCCAGCUGCUCGUGGUCACAAGCGCCAACGCAGUCGCUCCGUACCGGCGCCAGUCGAUAUCGCGGCGCUGCAACCUCCCAUGCACUCAUUCCACAUGCCCCAGACCCCGGCUCCAUUCAAUCACACCGAGGCUGGCAUCUAUGCGCCAAUUCCCCAGUCAGUCCACGCUCUGCCUACAGACCUGCGCAUCGAUACCGAAAGCUACGGCCUUGACUUCCGCACGAAUCCCAUGUCUGCAACCACCGCCGGGUCGCCGUCGGACUUUGCUAGUCCGUCAAUGUUCAGCAGUGCUGCCCACGGCGACUCUACCCCUGUGGCCAGCAUGGCCCCUCAGUUCAACGUCCCUCAAUUCGCUACUGGGCCAUCUGACUCUUCGACCGUUGGAUCACACGCUGCGUCGCCCUACUCCAGUGUCAGCCCUGCUGAUCCCAUGAUUGCCAACCACUCGCCACCCCUGUCCAACAUGUCUCAUGCUUCGUCAGAUAUGUACGGGUUUGCGCAUGACCAGCAAUCAGGCUUUGUCGAGGAUGGGCUUUCCAUGAAUGACAUGUAUCCUAAGCAUAAUGUGAAUUAUGCAGUCUCCCAUGAUGCUCCGAGCUUUGAACUGCCAAUGCAUGGCAUGUCUGGCCACGCCUCACCGACGCUGGGCGAUUACUCCCACGGCAUGGUCAACCUUGAUGAAAUCAACUCCCAUGGCUUGCCUACUGGGUCUUGA